AUGGAGGUGCCGCCCAACUCCCUUUUGCUUUCCGCUGCUGCCACCAUUACUGCUCCCAUGCACUGCAUUUUGGUCAUACGGAAGAGGGAGUUGGAGAGGAGUGCGGUGAAGGGUGUUAUGAGUCGAAAUCGUAACAACUGGUGGGGCGAUGCGGAUAAAUGGUAG